UCAUCCCAAUGGCGUCAAUUUCGAAGGUGUCCAUUCUGGAUUACUUCAACAUCGUGUUCGAGGGGGAGAACGGCAAGAUCGAGUCCAACUGUAAAGCAUGCGGCACUAGGAUACAGGCGAAGAGGAGCGUCACAUCCAACUUCGUCACACAUCUCAAGAGGAAGCACCAGGCGAUGUACGAUGAGUUUGUAAAGAAGAAGGAUAUGAAGAGAGAAGCCUACUCCUCAUCUUCCUCCUCCCUCCAUCCCUACUCCUCAUCCUCCCUUCACAGCCUGGCCAAUGGAGGAGGCCAUCGCUGCAAUCACUCCAUCACCGCUGGAGGAGGAGGGGUGGGAGUAGUAGGAGGGAUAGGGGGAGGAGGAGGAAGAGAGGGAGCAGGAGAAGGGGUGACGAAGUUCCACAGACACGACCCUCGCCAGGUGCUGAUCUCGGAGGCGAUAGCUAAGAUGCUGGUCCAGGACCUCCAGCCUGCCUCCCUGGUGGAUCUCAGAGGGUUCAGAGAGUUACUGCAGCUGUUAGAGCCUCGCUAUACCCCCGAGCCCCCCAGAUACCUCCAAACCCAGCUCCUCCCAGCCUACGCCUACCAGGCCCAGCUGGCCACCAGACAGGCCCUGGCCUCAGCCCUCUCUCUCAGCCUCUCGGUCUCCCUCUGGAGGGGUUUCCUUGGGACCACAGCAGGGGCUAACACUGGGUACCUGGGCGUGACCUGCCACUUCCUGUCGUCUGAUUGGCAGAUGCGUUCCGCCCUGCUGGCCUGCCUGCCUCUGGUUGGUGGACUCUCGGCCAAUCGCGUGCUAGCAGAGUUCGAGGAGGUGUGUGUGGCGCACGGCGUUUCGGGACGAGCGUUCCGUGUCGUGGCUGACCCAUUUCCCGCUGAAACUCACCCCCCAUGCCGCCUACCAGGGUUCUGUAUCCACGGCAACCCGGGAGAUGAUGCCGAAGAGGAAGAGGAGGAGAGUGGGGAUGAAGGAGGAGAGAGGGAAGGAGAGGUAGAACAGGAGGACUGGUGGGAGGGAGGUCUGGGGUCCGGCAGGAUAGACUGUUUCUGUUGUUCUCUGGGUCAGUGUGUGAGAGAUGGACUGCUCUCCUCCUCUCCUCUCCUCUCCUCCACCCUGGCUAAAGCCUCAUCCUUCUAUAACUACGUCACCUCCGCCGUGCCACACGACAAACUGGUGGGCCUGUUGGGAGGGGGGGUGGAGGGGGGGUCGGGGGGCAGCAGGGCUGGAGAGCGAGACUGGGCCGUACAACUCAAGGUGUUGCGUGGUCUUCUGGACUCAGCAGAGUUCUUGGAGGAUGUGUCUGACCGGGCUGACCUGGUGCUGAGUGGCCAGGAGGUGGCGCUGCUCAGGGAACUGACAGACACACUGGAACCCUUUACUGAGGCCUGGGACAUGGUGCACACGCACAGACAGGGUGACAGACACGUCUCCAUCAGUCUGGCUCUGCCCUGUGUCCUGGGGCUCCGUAAGCACCUGUCAGAAGUGCGUCUCCCCCCAGCUACCCUGCCUGCUGCUGGGCUUGUCUCAAGCCGUUAGAGCGCCGCCUGGCUCCCAUCCUGGAGGACCCUCUGUACGUUCACCGCCACCACCCUGGACCCACAGUUCAAACUUACCUGGAGCUCAGACCCUGACUGGCACAGACAGGUCCUCCUGGACGAGGUCACCAAACACACACAAACACAGGGCCCCAGCAUGGAGCUCACCCUCCAGGCCCAGUCCCCUGACGCAGCUUUGUCCCCAGCCUCGUCCCCUCUUCCCUCUCCACUUCGCUCAGCAGGCCCUGCAAGCGUUUCUCCUUCAUCAAGCAAAGGCCCACGGCGCAGGCAAAGAGCGUGGAGCAGAGCUGGCAGAGGUACCUGCGUGUGGGAGCCACUGAGGAGGAGCCUCUCCACUACUGAGACGAAAAGACUAUAGACUUCCCCCAGCUCAGCCAGGGGCCAAGCGGGCGUUUACUGUGCGGCCGGACCUCCACCGUGGAGACCAUCUUACCUCGGCCAGACACUGGCUCCAACCCGGCAAGAGAGGCAGGCUCUCCCCAAAAACCUUGAGACACUCAUCUAUCUCAAAACCAACUAUAGUUUACUGUGGACUUAAUGGAUCAACCCUAGGCACUAACACGGCUACAGAGGCACUAACACAGCUACAAGAGGCACUAACACAGCUACAGACGGCACUAACACAGCUACAG